CGACGCUCUGAUACAAUCAGACGAAGGAGUGUAUCGCGGUCGAGGAACAGUCGGGUCUUGGCCUCGGCAAAAAGUUUUAUUAAUCACGUCUUGUAAUGCAACGUCACUGCCGCUGAUAAUCAUAUCGAUGACAGCAGCUCACAAAUGCUCAAUAGUGCAUUCCGACUCGAGAACGCGAGCAGAAUCGGCGUGUCGGGAACAACGCGGAUCUAUAAGACACAAGACAUUCACGGCGUAACAAGAAUUCCAUCAAGAUGUUACACAUGGUAAAUCUUUUGUCCCAUGUGGCCGGUUUUGGGAUGUACGCCUUUACCUUGUACUACUCCUUGUAUUUGCUGCACAUUCCUUUCAUGGUGGAAAAAUUCAGCCAGUUUGAUCCUGGUCAGAUGAAGUUUUUAACAAUAUGGGACGUGAUUUUGCAAGCGGUGUUCUUCCUGAUAUGUCUGUUGAACGACGCUUUCGGCACAAAUGCCGUAAAUCCCAAGAAAACGCCCUUCAUACGAAAAGUGAAGGAUUGCUUCCACGCGAGUCUCGGAUUUCCCGUUGCCAUGUUUGUCGGCGUGACUUUCUGGGCGUUAAUGUUCGUGGACCGUGAACUGGUAUUGCCGAAAGCAUUGGACCCGUACUUCCCAUGGUGGUUGAACCAUUUGAUGCACACGAUGAUUAUGGUGACAACCAUAUUCGAGAUGAUCGUUGCGUCGCGACAAUAUCCUAAACGGUCCCGCGGCCUCGGAAUACUCGUGACCUUCAUGCUCACAUAUUUAAUCUGGAUACACGUAGUCUACUAUAAAAGCGGCGUCUGGGUGUAUCCCGUGAUGGACGUGCUAUCGCAGCCGAUGCGAAUAAUGUUCUUUGCUGUGCUGCUCACAUUCUGCAUGGUACUCUACUUUGUCGGAGAAGCGCUGAACAACUUCAUCUGGGGUAACGAACACACUAAGCAUAAAAAAUCACACGCCAAAUCCAAGUAGCUUCGUCCAAAGAGCCUCUAACGGGUAAAGCAACAAGCUACCAAGUACCCGAGGUUUGCCUGCUGCGUGCGGUGGUGAUGGAAGUAAAAACCAAACAAAAUUAUGAAUAAACGGAAUCUUUUCUAUACUCCUGUUUGCAGUAUAUGCACGUUACGUUAAUUUAUUAUAGUCGAAAUGCAAAGCAAUCACAUUAAUUAGGAUGUUUAUAGCAUACUAGUGCGUGUGCAUGUUUAUAGGUAUUUAUAUUAUUUAAAAAAAAAAGGUGUAACGGUGAAAAAAAAUUGUUAACCCGGCAAAUUAUUGGAGGUAACACUGACAAUGUGAAUGUAAGGAGCAUGCAGGAGCAUACAAUGCAUUUUUGUUAACUCAAUCAUACAUCACACAGGAGACUAAUUAAUCAUAAUUAAUGUAUAGUGUUCUUUGCGCGUCGAUCGAACGAAAACAAAAUGAGACACAUACACACACUCAUCUCACUCGCCUGUCCAAGAUAAUAUUUAUUUUUCUACUUUCGUAGUGAACGAUCUAUUAUUGUUUUUAUCAAUAAAUACACGAAAGAGAGACGCGCGAGUUGUAAUGAUAUACAUAACUGUAUAGAUAAUGAUAUACACAGUUAUAUAAUUAGAUAAUGUGAAAUAGCGAUAAUACACACGUUACGACACUUGCCCGAAGACUAAAGUCCGAAUAUAUUUGUGAUCGAGUGUAGGAAAAAUGUACGUAGCGAGAACGGAGAACACGGAACCGACGUUGAAAACGUAGUAACACACACAGAGAGAGAGAGCCACAGUGGGGAAGAAGCAAGAGGAAUUUUGUGAAAUAAUAAGAUCGAGCAAGCUAACGUCGCCGAAGAUUAUUUUCUUGCCGCGAAUGAGAGAACUGACUUUGGCAUUUACGAAACGAGAAUUGACUCUUCGUAUUGACACAUAGUGUAUUCUACGUUAGAAUUUGUUGUUUGCAACUUCAUUCAGCGAAAUGUAUUCAAUGAUACACUUAUUAUUAUACUUACGGCCUAAAAAUAUUGAUAUUUUCCUAAGAUAAGUUGUUAUGUGAAUUACUUCUUUACGAAGAAGUAGAAAGCUAAACAUUUUCUUUUUGUGCCAAAAAUGCAUCUGGUAAAUAAAACAAUUGGAAAAGAAAUUUACAGAGAAUGAGUAACGAUUGUGUAAAAAAUGGAAGAUUCUAAGAUUUUAUAACUAUCGUUUUUUGUGCUUAACUUUUUCUCGAAAACAAAAAAAUGAAAGAUACGUUCAAUCGAAACGUAGAGAAAGAAAGAGGACAAAGAGAAAAUUGCGUUCCGUGCGAUAUUACAUUACGUAAUAAUGUUAGAGCGGUUAGACACAAAAAUUCAAGAGAAAUUGCGGUUAAUAUACGAUAGAAUAUUCCACAUGUUCACAACUAUAAAAAUAUUAAAAAAAAAAAAAAAAUUACGAAGCAUCUGUAAGAUGCAAUAAAGAUCGUAAUUUAUGAUUAGGAUAUUUCCAAUAAACAUUUGUAGAAUUUUUGAUUAAAAAUUCUACUACCCUCAG